AUAAAAAAAAAAAAAAUAAGAAAAGAAGAGUAACAACAGCGCAACAAUAACAACAACGACGUUGGUUAACCUAAAGUGAAUAUUGUAUUUGGAAAAAUUUUUAAAGAGGUCACCAAAUUAACAGCCCUUUAACCGGUACAAGUGCUAAUUGGAGCUUUUAGUUAAGAGAGGCACAGGCACGUCAAGAAGGAAAUUUCACGCAAACGCUAAUUGGAGAUGACAGUCAAAAAAAAAGUUAAACACAACAAUAAGGAACAAAUUUAAUUAAUAAUAAUAAUAAUAAUAAUAAUAAUCAACACUGUAAGAAGCUAAAGAAGACAAAACACCAAAUUUUGAUUUGCUCGUCGUUUGUAAGCUAUCGUUUAUUCGUUCAGGUAUACCAAAGAUUGCACUGGAAUUUUCAAUGAAUGAAUAGACGCAAUAAGAAUUGUAUUUCAGGAGUAACACCUACGCAAACGUUUUAUUUAUAAUUAUCAACCUGUACGUCAGAGAGAAGUAGAGAAUUAAGAAAUUUUUCCCCCCGCGUUGUAAAUAAAUUUCGCAUAGAGUUGUGGAAAAAGUUCAUCAAGCAUACCAUCUACGUCACGGCACCAAAAAAGUUCUUAAGUAAUAAGAACAUAUCGAUUAAAACUUUAAUAAUAGAUGAUAAUUGCAUAUAGCAGAGAAGCAGACAAACGAAAGAAAUAGAAAAAAAAUUAAAAAAUAAAAAAUUAAAAACAAACUAAUAUAAAUAACAUAGAGCUUUAAUCAAUGGCGUUCACACCUAUCGCCUGCAUAAUGCGUCCAUCGUUCUUACCACUUCUAUAUAUAUAUAUCGUUUUAAACGUUACGUUAACUUCAAGAUGCCAAGCUGCCACGGUACCGCAUUUUCACGAUAAAGAAGAUGAAAGUUUUGUGGCAAAUCCUUUUUAUCAUUCUAAUCCCGAUCUUGAGGAUAUGUUCUCUCGUUUCUUAAAAAAUUAUCCGGAACAUGCCCAAGUUUAUACAAUCGGUCAUUCAACGGAAGGUCGACCUUUACUUGUUUUGAAAAUUUGCCAGCAUUCGCGUUACACUAAUCUCUUAACACCGUCCGUUAAGCUCGUUGCGAAUAUGCAUGGCGACGAAGUAGUCGGUCGCCAAAUGCUAAUAUAUUUCGCGCAAUAUCUAUUAAUGAAUUAUCAAACGAAUUUGGAAAUAUCGGAACUAAUCAAUAGUACAGACAUUUAUAUUAUGCCUUCGAUGAAUCCGGAUGGCUUUCAAGUUGCUCAGGAGGGCAAUUGCGAAUCAUUGCCCGAUUAUGUAGGCAGAAAUAAUGCGGCGGGCGAGGAUUUAAAUCGUGAUUUUCCCGAUCGCUUAGACAAUGAGCAUCACGCACAAUUACGCACAGAAAAACGUCAACCCGAAACAGCAGCUGUAAUAGACUUUACACUUAGUAAGCCGUUUAUAUUGUCGGCUAAUUUCCAUGGAGGUGCCGUCGUAGCCGGUUAUCCAUACGAUAAUUCCAUAGCACAUCAUGAAUGCUGUGAGGAAAGCGUAGCACCCGAUGAUGUUGUCUUUAAGCAUUUGGCACAUGCCUAUGCUGACAAUCAUCCUUCUAUGCGACUUGGUAACAGUUGUAAUGAAACAUUUCCCGGCGGCAUUACCAAUGGUGCUAAAUGGUACGAGCUAGAUGGCGGUAUGCAAGAUUUCAAUUAUGUCUUCGCGAAUUGCUUUGAGUUAACGAUUGAGUUAACCUGUUGCAAAUAUCCAUUAGCGCAGACGUUGCCCGAUGAAUGGGCGAAUAACAAACGCAGCCUGAUAAAUUUUCUAAAACAAGCCCAUAUUGGUAUUAAAGGUUUAGUAAAAGAUGUCAACGGUUAUCCUAUACACGAUGCAAGAAUUGUCGUUUCCGGCUUUGAAGGUAAAACAGUACGUACAACACAGCGUGGCGAAUAUUGGCGUUUACUUGUACCCGGCACUUAUGACGUACUAGCGAUGGCUUUCGGCUUUCAAAAUAGUGAAGUGCAGAAAGUGGAAGUAACCAAUGAUAAUGCUGCGGCGCAACGUUUGGACUUUACCUUAUCGCCAAUUAGCAACAACAUUGAUGGUAAUUUCCAUAAAAUAAUAGUAGAACGGGCCGAUAAAGCUGAGGAUGUUGAGAAAAAUGGUGGCUUUUUAACUUUGACAGAAUUUGUACAUCACAACUAUGCGGCCAUGGAAAAGUUCCUGCAUGAUAUAGCUGAUAAUUAUCCGUCCAUUACAAGACUGUAUUCCAUAGGAAAGAGUGUACAAAAUCGCGAUCUUUUAGUGAUGGAAUUGUUUGCCAAGCCUGGCGAACAUUUGCCAAAUGUACCCGAAUUCAAAUAUGUGGCCAACAUGCAUGGCAACGAGGUGGUAGGGAAAGAAAUGCUACUACUGCUCACUAAAUAUAUAUGCGAACGUUAUAUGUACGAUGAUCGUAUAACAAAAUUAGUAAAUAAUACACGGAUGCAUUUUCUGUAUUCUAUGAAUCCAGACGGUUAUGAGAUAGCGCGAGAAGAUGAUAAUACAAACGCGAUAGGACGUGAAAAUGCUAAUAAUGUUGAUUUAAAUCGUAACUUUCCCGAUCAAUAUGGUACAGAUAGGAAUAAUCGCGUUACCGAACCGGAAGUCAAGGCUGUUAUGAACUGGACUUUGUCGAUACCGUUUGUAUUAUCAGCAAACUUACACGGCGGUUCCUUGGUUGCCAACUAUCCUUUCGAUGAUAAUGCCAACGAUUUUAAUGAUCCCUUUGCAAGGCUGAGAGAUGCGAAAGUAAGCCGCAAACUAAAUCCCACCGAUGAUCAUGAGUUAUUCAAACAUUUGGCGAAAGUUUAUUCAAAGGCACAUCCAACUAUGCAUUUUGGUAGCCCAUGUCCAAAAUUUAAACAAGAAAUAUUCCCAGAUGGUAUUGUAAAUGGAGCACAAUGGUAUAGUGUAACCGGUGGCAUGCAAGAUUGGAACUAUGUGCGGGCUGGCGUUAUGGAAAUCACAUUAGAAUUAGGCUGCGUUAAAUAUCCAAAAGCUUCGGAAUUAUUAAAAUACUGGAAAGAUAAUCGGGAAUCAUUGCUGCUAUUUAUCGAACAAGUACAUAAUGGUAUACAUGGAUUUGUACGCAGUUCGAUAGGUAAUCCAGUUCCGCAGGCGGCCAUUACAGUCGAUGGCAGCCGGCAUACCGUUUACAGUGAUACCUACGGUGAUUAUUGGCGCCUAGCUUUACCCGGACGUCACAAUUUAACUGUCCUAGCCGAUGGCUUUUCUCCCGAACGCGAAGCCAUCGAAAUUUCUGCCGAAAAACGUUCUCUUCGUUUGGAUAUCACAUUAAUGCGCGAUGAUGACCAACAUUGGGCUUCGGCUAAUGAUUAUCGCAUCAUUGAGAAUGUCGUUCAUACGCGUUAUCAUACCAAUCCGCAGAUACGAGAGCGUUUAGCUGAAUUUGAGACGCACAACGACAAUGGACAAAUUGCGACUUUCGGUUAUGCGGAAAAUGAGUUCGGUUUAUAUUAUAACUCCAUUAAACUUACCUCAGAUAUUGGAGCGCCCGAAGAGAAUAAAUUUAAAAUUUUGAUUUUAAGCUCUUUCUUUGAUACCACUUCGCCUUUGGGCCGUGAAAUAUCGCUUAACUUAGUACGUCAUAUUAUUGAGGGCUAUAAGCUGAAAGAGCCUCGCAUUUUAAAAUUCCUACAAAAUGCUGUAUUAUAUGUUGUUCCGGCAAUUGAAAAUUUCGAAACUGUUUUCAAACUAUAUAACGGCAACAAAUCAAUUUGUGAUCCCGUAAUAAGAGAUGAACUUGGUGAACGUUUGCUAAGUCCAGAGUCGGAAAAGCGAAGAGAUUUAUUGCUACAAUUUUUAGAUAAUGAAAGAUUUGAUUUAAUGCUAACUUUCAUUGCUGGUCACUCGGAGUUAAUUUAUCCUAAGGAUGAACAAAUAUUUGAACGUUUUGCUCAUUAUAUUGAAAAUGUUGAGUUCAGUUUUUCACCGCUACAAUGCUCGGCAUCCUCAACGCGGACCGUUCAUCGUGAUACUACAGAACGUUUAACUAAUUUGCUUUAUAAAACAUAUAACAUUCCGAUGUUCUCGCUGGGUCUGUCCUGUUGUCGAAUGCCACCACAAACGCAAAUAGCUUCUAUUUGGCGUAAAAAUAUCGAUAAGUUAAAACACUUUCUACAUCUUAUCGAAACGGGAGCGAAAGGCUACGUACAAGAUGAGAAAGGUUCACCUUUGCGCGAAGCAUUUAUACGUUUAAUUGAUCAUAAGCCCGUUUAUAACGUUACCAAGAAUUUAGCACGUUUCCAAUUAAUGCUACCGGUCGGUUUAUAUGCAUUAGAAAUUAGUGCUCCAAAAUACCAAUCUUAUGUCGCAAAAGUGGAAGUGAUACAAGGUAAAAUAACGGACUUGGGUGUGAUAAAAUUAAGUGCGUACACUUUGAUAACCGGUCACAGUGAAAUAGUGCCAUUGGGAAGGAUCAGACAUCAAGCUACAGUUUUAAGUGGCUUCGUAUUGGAUUUAUCCAAUCAUCCCGUGCCACAUGCCAAGGUCUCGAUAAUAGCGCCAAUUACCAAACACUAUUUACGCAAUUUCACCGACAGCAUUGGAGCCUACACAAUUAAUAAUAUUCCAAAUGGCGAUAUUACUCUUAAAGUUGAAGCUCCUCGCUAUUUGGAAGCAACACGACUGGUUCAUGUUACCGACGAUGGCAUGCCUAUUAAAGGCGUAGUCUUCCGUUUGAAACGUAACGAACAUGUAAUGGGUAUGCCGCGUUUCAUUUUCAUAGUAUUCGCCAGCAUAGCCAUUAUUAUUGUUGUAGUCAUGUGCAUUUUAUGCGCACAAUUCUUUUUGGCUCGACGUCACCGCACCGAUAAGCCAUAUUAUAAUUUCUCGCUGUUGCCCCAGAAAGGCAAAGAACUAUUUGAAGACGACGAUUUGGGCGAUGACGGCGAAACGGAGCUCUUUAGGUCACCUAUUAAAAAAGGAAUGAUUAUAAAACCAUAUUUCGAUGAUGACGAUGAUGACUUAAAACACAUUAUGCAUUCGGAUAAUGACGGAGACGACAGUGAUGAUUAUAGUGAUGUUGCCGAUAAGCAUGCGAUAAUGGAUAGCCAAAUUAAAGCCAAGCAUGUUUACAAUGACGAUAGUGGCGAAGAAGUUAUCAUGUUACAUAAACAACAAAACCACUGACUACUGUGAUCUAUUUGAGAAAGAAAUCUAUAUAUACAUUUAUUUAUAUAAAUAUAUGCGUAGAUUGUAUAUGCAAAUAUUGGUUAAUAUUUUUUUAUU